AGCCGGCAGACUCGGAGCCCGGCGCCUGCUCCGCUGCGCCCGCCCGCCCGCGCGCCCUGCCUGCCCGCGGGCACAGGCCGGUCAGCGCGAGGCGGAGUCUGCAGCGAGAGACCCAGCGGCGGCACACACUUAAAUUACGUGCCCGGCGCGAGCAGCAGCAGCAGCCGCUCCGACACUGAGGCACCGCAGCGCAGCCCUAGACACCUCUGCUGCUGCUCGCCAUGGGAUCCGCCGCCGAGCAGCCGGGCAGGGCCACGGGCCUCGUGUCCAGCCUGCUGAACGACACCCUCGAGUUCUACCGCUGGAGCUGGAGCAUCCGAGACAAACGUGUUGAUGACUGGUUCUUGAUGCAAUCUCCAUUUCCAACACUGACUAUAAGCACUCUUUACCUCCUCACUGUCUGGCUGGGUCCCAAGUGGAUGAGGAGAAGAGAACCCUUCCAAUUGCGCUUCUUGCUGGUUAGCUACAACUUUGGAAUGGUUCUACUUAACUUCUAUAUUUUCAAAGAGCUAUUUUUGGCAUCCAGAGCUCGAGGAUACAGCUAUGUCUGCCAGACUGUGGAUUAUUCAGAUAAUAUUUAUGAAGUCAGGAUAGCUGGUGCUUUAUGGUGGUACUUUGUCUCAAAAGGAAUUGAGUACUUGGACACAAUAUUUUUCAUCUUGAGGAAGAAAUUUAACCAAAUCAGUUUCCUUCAUGUCUAUCACCAUUUCACUAUGUUCACCUUGUGGUGGAUUGGUAUCAAGUGGGUUCCAGGAGGACAAGCUUUUUUUGGAGCCCAAAUGAAUUCUUUUAUUCAUGUUGUUAUGUACAUGUACUAUGGAUUAGCUGCCUGUGGCCCUAAAUUUCAGAAAUAUCUGUGGUGGAAACGAUACUUGACCAUAUUACAAUUGAUUCAGUUCCACGUGACUCUUGGCCACACAGCCAUGUCUAUUUAUAUCGACUGUCCCUUCCCUAAAUGGAUGCACUGGGGUGUAAUGAUCUAUGCCAUCACCUUUAUUUUCUUGUUUGGUAACUUCUACUAUCGGACAUAUAAAAUGCCCAAGGAACCCAUUAAGAAUGGCAAAAUAUUGAAUGGUGCUGUUGCAAACGGUGUAAGCAAACUAGAAAACAAUCUAGUGGUGGAAAAUGGAAAAAAGCAGAAAAAGGAAAAAGCAAAAGGAGAGUAACUUAUCCAGGCCUUAACCAUUGCUGGCAGUGGGGAACCUCCAGUUUGGUUUAAAAAGAAAAAGGAAAAAAAAAGAAACACAAUGUACCAAUUAACCCUUAGGUUACCGAAGAGCUAGAACACAGAUAUUUUCAUUAUUUAUGAAGAUUGUUUUAACAAAAAUACUUCAAGUUAAGUUUCUGUUGUAAUUAUGUAAUUAUCAAGCAUUUGAUGAUCUCUGUGUAAACUUUUAGAUUGCUGGUGAAUGUAAGAAAGAAUUGCAGUAAAUAACAUGUUUUGGCAGUCCAAAGGUUAAUAUUACCAAUGAUCCAAUGAUUUGUUGAAGCCCACAUUUCUAUGUGGAAAAAGGCAGCUUUUGAAUAUUUCUGUUUCUGCCAGAAAUUUAUUAAAUUCCAAAUUAUGAUGUUGUAUGUUUUUAUCUGAAAAUACAAACUCUCUUAUCAUUAAUUAGAGAUAUCUCAAGACACAGUUAUGUUUAUAUGCUGAACAGAGUCUGUUGACUUAUCAGACUCUCCUUGUUUUGAUUUAGUGUCUGCUACAAUUUUUCUUCUAUUGUGGAAAUAUACCUACCUCUUAAUCUGCUGAAAAGAACAUUUAACAUUAAAUAACUUUAAUUUCUGAAAUAUGGAGUCUUCUAAUAUAAAUGUCAGUUAAUGCUAAUUGGAGAAAGAAAUUGCUUUCCUGAAAAAAUACAUUUUCACCUGUUUUGUAGAAUUA